AUGUCAGACUCCGAAGACAUUUUUGAGCAUCCCGAGCAUAAAUCUCAAUUGGCUUUAUACAAACGAAUCAUCGAUGAUUUGAAACAAAUUAAUGGGAGCGUGAAGGAUGUCAACAAGGAAUUGUCAAAAGUUAAAAAUACAAAUGAAAGCAUCGCUUUAGUUAACCAGUUAUGGGAAAACUACAAGAAGAGUGCCCAGUUCCAUCUUUCCGAAACCAGGCCUGACGACAGUGCUACCGAAAACUGA